AUGGCUUAUGCCUUAUUCUUUCCUCAAAACAGAAAGAAAAAGAAUAAAAUAACAAGAAAGAAAGAAAGAGAUAUGAAAUUUAUCAAUUUAUGUCUCUCCAUAAUUUUAUGUAUACUUUUCCAACAUUUUCUAUUGGUUUCUUCUGAAACAAAAACUUUUAGGGUUACCAUUUAUGAUCAUCAUCCAACAUUAAAUCCAGAUUUUGAAUAUAAUCCCAUUACUUUUAAGAAUGGACUUGCUUCUCAAACUCUCAAUGCCCAAGGAGUUCCAGAUUUUGCUGGUCUUCCUUUAGAGGGUGGUAUUCAUAGUGCUACCACUUUUUCGCAGUGGUUUACCUCGACCCCGGGAAUCAACAUUCCAAUUCCAUUUGAUCUGGUAUUUGUCAAAGACCCAGUUUCCGGAAAGUGGACCUAUGCUAACAGUGCCUUCUUCCCAAUCAACGGUCAGGGAUGGGAUGCUCUCGGAUAUCCAAUCUAUCUGAACAAAAACUUCCAUUUCUGUCUUCAUAUGGAUUUAACUCUCCACACUAUGGGUGGAGAAGUAUUUAAUUUCGUUGGAGAUGAUGAUGUAUGGGUAUAUAUAGACAAUCAACUUGUAUUGGAUCUUGGAGGUGUCCAUGGUGCCCAAUCUGGAUCCAUCAGUCUUGCUACAUAUCCUCCAGGGACCCAAUUAAAAUUUGAUAUGUUUUAUUGUGAAAGACAUACAACCGAAAGCCAUAUACAAAUCGAAACCAACUUUGAUUUGGAAUGUGAGUUUUAUGACUAUUGUGGUAUUUGUCAAGGUGAUGGUUCUCAAUGUUGCAACGCUGCCAUCCAUUGCGACGACAGAAAUCCAUGUACUAUCGACAGGUGUCCAGCUGUAAACACACCGGGAAUCAACGGUCAAAACUGGCCUCAAUUCUGUACUCAUCAGGAUAUCAGCUGUACCGAUCCCAAGAACCUUUGUAUUCAAAGUAAUUGUUCAAACAACUUGUGUACCCCUACCACUGUUGUUUGUCCCCCAGCUCCAUGCACUAUCGUGAAAUGUGACCCUACCUAUGGAUGUUAUUACACACCACUUGUAUGCCCAACCACCCCAUGUACAAUUAGCGUUUGUACCGACGGUCGUUGUACUGACCCAGUCCCAAAGGACUGUAAUGACAAUAAUGGUUGUACCGACGAUUCUUGUUCCGCAACACUUGGAUGUAUCAACGUCAACAAUAGAUGUGACGAUGGUAACAUAUGUACAACCGACACCUGUGUCAACAGUCAAUGUGUCAACACGCAAAAGGAUAUAUGCAACUGUACUUCAAUUUGCCCACACACUCUAUGCCAGGAUUUCGAGUGUCAUCCAGAUGGAACCGGAUGUGAUCUCACAGACAUUCCCAUCAGCGAUGGUCGUUUGUGCACCAUUGACUUUUGUAAUCCCGACACUGGUGUAAUUACCCAUCUGCCAAAAGUGUGCACCCCCUCGAGUGCUUGUGCCCUAUCUGUUUGUGAUGAAAGCACUGGACUGUGUGCGGAAACACCUCGAAACUGUGAUGAUCUAAAUCCAUGUACCCGUGAAAUUUGUUUGAAUGGCACCUGCCUGUACGCCGCAGCGCCAUGUGACAACCCCGAUCUAUGUAUGAUUGGAACCUGUGUUGACUUUAGCGGCUGUACCUAUACUCCCAAGGACUGUAGUGUACCCGAUCUCUGUGUGACCAGUGCGUGCCAAGGUGGACUGUGUAUCCAAACUCCAAAGCUCAACCACACCGAUCAAUGCGUCAUGUAUCAUUGCGACCCAGCCACUGGAAAUGAAGUAGGUGUCCCCUUGUGUGACUAUUCCGGCACAUGUAUCAAUACUACAUGUGUGAAUAAUGUCUGUGUCUCCACCCAGGUUCUAUGUCCAUUCACCGAUUAUUGUAAACCCCAUGUCUGCAGCCAAGGUCAAUGUGUCGAAAGACCAGUCAUCUGUGCCGGACCUACCCAUUGCGAGGAUGGAAUAUGUGUUCCAAACGUCGGAGGCAACACCACCACUACCACCACCACCUCUUCCACCACCACCACCACUGGGGUGGGCUCAAUGUCCACUGGUGUAGCUGGGCCACCCAACUGCCCUCAAUACGACACCGAGUGUGAAUACUUUAGGUACGAUCCUCGCACCCUUUCGUGUCAACCACAUGAAGUUAAAUGCCCACAACCAGCCAACCGAUGUCAAAUAUCAGUAUGUCAUGUCAAGCAUGGAUGUAUCACCAUUCCCAACCCAUACACUCUCGAGUACGAAGAGUGCCCCAUUUCAUCAGGCUCGACAAUUGGUAGAUUUACCGACGGUGUUACAUCUUUGUUUUCAACUGGUGCUAUCACGUCUGAUCUCCAACUAUGUGCUCCACAAUGUCGCAUCAAACACGAUGGAACUGUAGAAGGAUGCUCAAAGGGAUACACCUGUGUUAAAUCGUCGUGUGGAGCUGCACAAUGCAUCAGAGAUGAUGAUCAGUUGCCACAUUGCAAUCACCCAGCAGAAGGUGGCCAUCGUAACCAUUUCCAAGACGAAGAAAACUGGAUUAUCUAA